AUGUUUAUUGAACAAACAUCUACUAGAAGUACUGCAGAAUUGUUUAAGAAUAUUAAGACAAUUGCUGAUAGAGUAGGUCAUAUAAAAAUCAAUAAUAUUUUGGCAUUUUUUGUGAAACAGUUAAAUACCAAAUAUCUUUUAUUACAAGAAGAUAUAAAAGAUCUUGUUUUUAUAAAAACAAAGAGAAGACCAAAUA